AAGACGUAUAAAAGAAAAGACGCACAUUCAAAGAUUAUCGUCCAACUGAUUGCAGGAGAGAACUUAGCACCGGACCAUUACGUAUUGUAAAAAGCAAGCGUAGGAUGAGGCGAAUCCCGAUGAACGUCCUGUGCGUGGCGAUCCUGGCGAGUGCUUUGUCGAAAGUUGUGUGCGAUAAGCAAGUACUACCAGAAUUGUCGUUUAGCUUAUCAGGACAAAGCUUGGAGUGGCCAUGUCAGAGCACGAAAAAUAUCUACGAGACGAGCGGACGUUACAUCUCCAGGAAUGUCAUUUCUACGAGGAUGCAAAUUUACAAGGAAGAUGCCAUCAUAGCGAUGCCACGCUACAAGCCCGGCGUGCCGUUCACCUUAGGUGUCAUGUCUCUGAAAACGAAAGACUGCGCACCGAAAGUGACACCUUUCCCAUGCUGGGCGAUCCAGGAGGAAGGUAACUGCCAGGCCUUGCAGAGUGCGGUGGACAUAGUUCUAGACAUUCAAGAUAUUCUUUGGGUGUUGGAUGUUGGUAUCGUCAACACCUUAGAGCAACCGGUGCGAAGAUGUCCUUCGAAAGUCGUCGGUAUCGACGUGAAGUCUGGAAAGGUUGUGAAGGUAAUCGAUUUGAGUCCCCUGGUGAAUUCGCUAUCCCGUUUGCAAUAUCUAACUGUUGACUACGCGGAAGAUGGCCAGGUGUACGUGUAUGUGACCGAUGCUGCUGCCAGAUCCAUAAUCGUUUACAAUGUUACCGCGGAUAAGGGAUACCGAGUAAUUCUGCCAUCCGCUGUUACCGCCGGUGUUCAGCGAAGAGAUGUUCUCUACUUAGCGCUGGUGAAGAAAAGCUGCGGCACGUCGAUUUUGUACUUUACUUAUUUAGGGUCCAACAAACUCUUCGCGAUCAAGGCCGUGAACCUGAGGAAAGGAUACACUCAAGGUGCGGUCGUGGACGUUGGGCCGAAACAGAACAAGAUAGUCCUCCUCGGAACGGAUAAUGGCUGUGCGAUCUUCUUCCGAUUCAAAGGAGAGUCGGACGUGUACAUGUGGAACACCGAGACACCGUUUAAUCCUGAGAACUUCCUUCUAGUGGAAAGCGGCAACGAUUGUCGGCUGCCGACACAAGUCGUUCCUGGUUAUAAGAAACUUAUGUGGGUGAUCGAGAGCAAUUUCCAGGAUUAUAUACAGAACACCGUGAGUUGCUCGGGUGCAUCCGUGGCCAUUCAUCCCUUGGUUAAGACUUGCGAGGAAUAAAUCUCUUCGAUCGAUAGUCUUCUCCUUCCGUGGCUUUGACUUUCGCUUUGACUGUCAUAUUCGUUAUACAAUUUAAUGUUGAGUAAGGGGAAGUUGAAAUCGAUGAUUUCAACAAGUUUAAAGUCCGAUGCGACGGACGCAUAAAUGUACAUAUUGCGAUCCCUGUCUCCCUGUGUCUCUUUGCGACAAUGAAAAUACGACAAUUAGCGUAGAAGAUAUUAGCGUAGAAGAUGUUUACAGCAUCGAAAAUUGAAAACUCGGCAAAAUUAUCUAGAUUUUCAUCUCGGAUUUUCGUAGAAAUUGUACGAGGAUCAAAUGUUAUCUUACUCUUGUCUCAAAAUAGAUUUCGAUUACUUUUUGAUUAUUUUUAAGUGUUAAAAAGAUGAACAAAUCUAACUUUUAUCGACUCGAAAACUUCUUUUCGAUUGUUUCGUCGCUGAUCUAGUCAUGUAAUCAACAGCGUUUCAAAUUUUAAUUCUUGCGGAUAAUCUAUAAAUCUAUAGACGAUGUCUUUGUUAAUGUACACGUUUAAAGAGUUUUUCUUUUGAGUAGCAUAGAUAAUUAGUGAAUAUAUUUUCGCCGUAAUUAGUAAUUCGCCGUAAUUCGCAAUUGGCUAAGAACAUCUUCAUGAAAAUCAUUUUAUGCGCGCUGCGCGAUUUAAAGUCGCGCAACUGGACAAGGUGACCAGUGCUAAAGUUAAGUAUACCGUUGUUAUCUAAAUCCAAACGGUUAUCAGUUUUCGAAAUUUGUAACUUUUACGAUUAUUCAUCUGUCUAGAGAAUCGAUAGCCGAUAUUAUGCACAAUAGAAACAAAGAGGAAACAAAAAGGAAGAGAAAAGGAAAUUUAGUGCUAACAAUAUAAAUCUGCUAACAAAUAAAAGUCGUUGAUUGUAAUAUUUUAA